UAUUGGCUAAAAACUCUUUUACUAAAAGGGGCGUGGUAUUGGGCUGUUUAAACCAAGGAUAGACAGAAUUGGAAUUUGUUCAUGGUGUUAUUUAAAGGCAAACUAGUACAAGGAUGGGCAUAUGUCGAUCUGAUUACGUUUCUAGUUAGCUGCAGAAGUAACAAGCUACCACCUUAAAUAUCUGAAGAGUAUGGCGGAUAAAGGUUUCAGCUCGUCAACGUCAAAUACUUAUACCUCCCCCUUACCAGUCUCCUAGGUUUUUAAUCAGGAAGAUGCAUUUUACACUUUUCACCGGAGGCCUGGUCCUAUUUUGUGUAGGAUUAAGCUGCUGUGGCACUUGCUUCGACGCAUCUUCUGUUCUGGAGGUAGAUUCACAUAUGGAACAUUACGUAUUUAGGACAGUGAAGUCACCGUCCGUCUAUUCCUGUGCCUCAGAAUGUCUGAUGUCAUCAGUCUGCUUGUCCUUCAACUUUGAGACCAGGACUCGCACCUGUGGACUCAACAGCAACAGCAGCGACCAUGUGGCCAUCACAAGCCAACCAGGAUUUCUCUACAGCGACAUCAGCUACUGGCCGAAGUCACUCGCUGGUGCGUGCUCAGAGACUUCUUGUCCGACUUCCAGAUGUCAGCUAGAUCGACUGGGACGUGCAUCAUGUGAAACAGUUGCAGAGUUUCAGGGCUGCGAUGCUCCACCUACUGUUGCCAAUGCUGCGAUGCAUUAUGAUGGUGUGUACGAAGGAGCGGUGGCAGUAUACACUUGCAGCGACAACUUCCUGAUGUGCUCUGCUGAACAUAGCAGAGUUUGCCAGUCAACAGGAAAUUGGGACGGUUUUGUCGGCCCGUGUGCUCAGUACAUUUGGGACAACCCGAACAUCGACUUCGCCCUGGACUUGCCUUGUGGUGAUUCGAAGAGUUUCAAAGUGGCAUUACACGUCACACCGACGGCGAAAAAAAAAGUACACAUGGACUUUCUGAGUGGGCCCAAUAUUCUGUGUCAUAUCGACUUCAGACUGGAUGACAACACGGUGGUAUUUGGCUCACGUUUCGCGGGUGUUUGGGGAUCUGGCACCACAAUAACGCCGGUCCCAAUGACAGUGGGUACCGAGUCUCUGGUGGAGAUACGACUGGACAAAGGAAUGUACAUGAUUACUGUAGAUGGGAAAAGCAUACGCAACGUCACGGACGAGUACCCGGGGGAGAUUAUAGAAGAUUUCUAUGUUUCUGGUGACGGCCUCGUCUCAGCGGCGAACAUCACCUUGGGGGCCUUAUCGUCAGCUGGCCCUGGGCAACAGCCUCAUGAUCUCUGCGCAAAGAGAGAUACAAAAUGAUGGCUAAAAAACAUGUGUUGACAAACAUGAAAAGCACUUGGACAAGUACAUCAGUGUGGGCGACCAACGGAGUAACAGAUGUGACAUGUCUUCUUUCAGCUAUGACGUGAAGAUACAGUGGGUAACAAGCUAGCGGACUGGCUAGAUAGCCUAGUUUCGGCUUUUGUACUACUCACGUGCUUUUUUGUGUUUUAUUUUAAAAUUUUCACAUUCACGU